UUUCGUAACACCACGGUAUGAAGCAGAGAUGUCAAGCUUAAAAUCUGCACGCACGAACUAAGCUCUCAGCAUGAUGCUGUUUAUUUGAGUCAUUUCGGAUAAAAAUAGUUUAUUUGGAUCAUAAAGAGUGGUCAUGCUCAGCCAGGCAUUAUGUUACAAGGCUAGAGUUGGUCUUCUGUAACAGGACUUGGACGAAAUUGAAGCCACCUCAUGGUGCCAUGCAGAUCUGGUGUGUGCUCAACGCCUAUGGAAGUCACUUCUUCCCAAUUGAUUUCCAGUGAGAUCUUUCCUCUUCCAUUAGUGAAGGCCAUGCUCUAUCCGGGUGCAGUUGCUAAUUGCUUAAUCACAAGCAGGACGGUGCCAAGCUGGGAUAAUCUGCUAAACAUCUACAACCUGACAAAUGUGAAGGAGGCCUCAGCUGUAACUGACCUACAACGCUUGGAGGUUCUUGCCGGAAGCUAUUUUUGUGUGGCUGGAGCUCUUAUUGGGAUAUUAAAACCUGGAAGAAUGAGCAUGUUUGGGACGCUACUUAUUGUUUGGGGGCUUAUCAAGGAAGGGAUACUUAACAAGCCGACAAAAGUGGAUGUGUAUGUGUAUGUGUACCCAACAAUGUUGCUAGCAUUGGUAUGUUCUUUCAUGUCUGUGAAGUAUAAUAUGAAAAAGGUGACAAGAGGUGCCCCUGCUAGACCUGUUGCAAAACCUCUGAAAAGUUCUUCAAAAGCUAAGCUGAAAUGAGCAUCAUUUCUCAUUCUCUCCGUACUGCUGAAAUGUACUUGCUUGUCUCGACUGUAUUGUGUUAUGUAAUUGUAAUAGAGGAGAAGAGAAAUCUAUAUUUCACUCUCAGGAAUAUGGCAUGUGUUAUCUGUUUUUGCUUAGCAAAAUGAUGAAUUGUAAUAAUAUCUUGUUUGAGUUAUUAUUAUUCUUACAGAGAGACGUGUUGUUUUAUGAGAUGAAUGAUCUACUUACUGCUUUGGA